CAAUAUGGUAUAGCUUAAUGAAAAUGAUAAUCGACUUGCAAACCAAUGAUCGGAUGUUGAAACCCCAUCUUAUCUUAUCACACACUUGUGUGCAAGAAUACCCCGCCCUUCCAACUUUAGCGAAAAAAAAUAAAAUAAAGGGAAAUUCGAUAAUGUCCCCCGGAUAGUAAAAUGAAAUUUAAGCAAAAAAGAAAAGGAAAAAUAAUAUUAGAAUGGGAGGUGGGGGGAGAGGUGAAACUGACAAAGAGGGGCAGAGUGAAACAGAAGGGGAUCGAGAGAGAGAGGAAGACAUAAAGCGAGGGACAGAGUAGACAGAAAGAAAGAGGAGGUUCACAGAUUGGAGGUCGAUUUGAAGCGGAAUAAAUCUUUGUAGGUUCUUUGUUUGGGGUGCCAAUCUAAAGUUAAAGGCCUCUGAUUUAUUGGGGGUGGUGUUCUGAAACGUUGAUGGAGUAAUUGAAACUGGUGUCACAUGCUUCAUGGUGGUGAAAAGGAGCUGCGUUGAAGGUUGGAGCCAAACCCAGUUCUUAUUUUCAUGAUCUAGCUAUUUUUUUUAUUUUAAAAUAACUAGAAGUUCUUAAGUUCUACGUUUACAAGUAUACAACUUGAAGAUUUUAAUACGAGAUCUAUCGGUGGAACUAGGUUUUGGUUCUUGAGCACCUUAGCGAGGCUUUCUUUUGGGUCCCUUGGGACAUGUUUAGAAAUGGGUUUUAUGAUUCCGGCUUUGAUCUUGGCUUGGUCUUGAAUCAGAAUGGAUUUUAGAUUGAAACUGAGGGUGUCCAUUUGGAGAAAUUGUUGGUUUUUGUGUGUCUUUGAUGGGACUUGAUUUGUGGGUCUCGAAUGUGCGAGGAGUUGGGCCUUUGAUUUUGGUUGCAUUUUGAGGUGAUUUUGGUUUGAAAAGUCUUGGAGAACAACAUGUUCUGGAGGGACCGUGAGAGGGAGAACAAAGAGCAAAACGGUGGUGGACCGCCUUGUGGGCAGGUUCGAGUGCUUGUUGUUGGCGACUCAGGUGUUGGAAAAAGUUCUCUUGUUCAUCUGAUUGUCAACGGUUCUUCAAUCGCUCGUCCUCCUCAGACAGUAGGGUGUACAGUUGGUGUAAAGCAUACUACUUAUGGAAACUCUGGUAGCUCGUCAAGCAGCAUUAAAGGUGAUGCUGAGAGAGAUUUCUUUAUUGAACUCUGGGAUGUGCCUGGACAUGAUAGAUACAAAGAAUGCCGGUCUCUUUUUUAUUCCCAAAUUAAUGGUGUAAUCUUUGUUCAUGAUCUCUCCCAAAGAAGGACAAAAACUGGCUUACAGAGGUGGGCAGCUGAGAUUGCUGCGACUGGGACAUUUUCAGCUCCUCUAGGAUCUGGAGGUCCUGGUGGUCUUCCUGUCCCCUAUAUUGUUAUAGGUAACAAAGCUGAUAUUGCUGCAAAAGAGGGUACAAGGGGAAGCAGUGGCAAUCUUGUUGACGUAGCUCGACAGUGGGUUGAGAAACAAGGUUUGCUUCCAUCCAGUGAGGAACUUCCACUGACUGAGAGUUUUCCUAGUGCUGGAGGCCUUAUUGCGUUGAUCAGAAGAAGAUAUUUUUCUGAUGAUGUACCUGCACAAAAUCCAUGGUCUGGUUCUCCAGUUCAAAAACCUGCAGAGACUGUAGAUGAAAAUUGGAGUGAUGAGGAUCAUUCCUACCGGAAUUCCAGCUUGCGUGGUGACCCUUACAAGUACAACAUGCUCCCUCCUCUUCCAGCGCAACGCAAUCUGACACCACCUCCCACGCUUUAUCCUCAGCAACCAGUUUCGGUUUCAGAAAACUACAGCCUUCCUAGAUUUUCCCAUACUAGUUACCCAGAAAUCAGCAGUACAGGCAGAUCAAAGCGCUCAGAUAUUAAUGUCUAAUAGUAGUUGCCACCGGUUAAUGUGAUUACUUUUGCAUGAAUGAAUGCUCUGUACGCGGCCAAAGUUCUUCCCAUUUUGUCUCAUUUGUAACUGGUCCAUUGAUUCUUUACAUCCACAGGUUUUCAUUGUAAGUGGUUCUUGUUUUAUAUUUGUCAAGUAUAUAAUGAUUGAUUCAUCGACCUGAAAACUACGAACAGGCAAUUCUUUUCAUCAAGCUCGCUUUGUUUGCAAAUUUUUAUCAAGUGAUGUAGUGUUGAAGACA